UGGAUUCGGUGGCAUAAAGCGUGUCACGUCCGACGCACAGAACUCGAAACGGAUUUCACAAUAUAACUUUGUCCUAAGAACUUCUCCUCGACCCUCUGUGAGUCUUCCCACCCUCCUCCGUCUUUCAUCCCCUUUCUGUCUUUCUCCGACCAAGACGCGAGACAGUGCUGCUGAUUAUGCGCCCGUCAUUCUGCAACAGUAUCUACUUCAUCCUUCUCGCAAACUUGGGCUUCGCGCACUCUGGAAGACCGAUCAGAGCCCUGGCUUUCCGCAAAGGCAGCACUUUUUUUUUACGGCUGAAUUACAAGAUAAACUCGGUCCCUUACACGACCAUCUUCGCACAAGCGUCGGGCUUUAAGGCGACAUGGCAACUACCGUUCGCCGGCGACUCCACUCGCAACAUCCGGUCCGCGCCUGACAUUUACGAGUGCGCGGAGCUCGUGUACGAAAGUCACGGUUUCGACGGUCGUUCUUGUUUACUGAAGAACGUUUGUCAAGUAUUAAAAUACGCGAGGCAGCAGGACGGCGUUAUAGGAAAGAUAUUGAAGUUAUUCGCGAGAUCGUACAGUAAUAAUAAUACUUGGCACGAAGAUCCGUUGUUCUGUGAACGUCACUCCAAUAAUUGUCCUCUGGAAUUAAUCGGAUUUAACAGUUUUACGGAGAGCUAACAUUUUUUCGACUAGAAAGUGCGAAUUAGCG